GAUCAGUAAGUACAGACUAAAACAAAAUAACCUAAAAAAAAAGCGGGAAAAAAUUGAUAACCCUUUCCAUAAACCGGCACAUUAUAUACGUUACAAACGUAGAUAUUAGAUAACAUACAAAAGGGCCACUGAAAGUCUAAAGUCCGAAUGACUCUGAUAGUCUGAUACUCAGAUCUCAGAUCACUCAGAUCACGAAAUCUGUAAUGUGAAUUGUGAAUUGUGAUCUUAAUUAUGAGCUCUAAUUACAAAAUAUACGACAGACUUUGGAGCAACUGGUAACAGACCAACAGGGUAGGCUAAUAUGAUUAUGAACAAAAUAAUUAUAGAUAUAAGUAUUAGUAAUAAUCACCACUUAUCAUUGAUCUGGAUUAUUGAAGGUUGAAUUAUGGCAAACUAUGAGCGGUAUCUUCCACCGUGGAUGACAGAAAAACCAGUUAUAAAUAAAACAAAAGAGUUUAUUCAGUUUAAAGGACAAAUUAAACAGUGCAUAUAUUCAAAUAUUUUAGCAUCAUACGCAGAGGAAAUUUUGACCAAGAUUGAAUCUAGCAAGAUAAAUGAAGUUGUAUAUGGUUUUGAUAUGGAAUGGCCAGUAACUUUUGACCGAAAAUCAAAAAAAACUGCUCUUAUACAAAUUUGCACUGACCAUUCCACAUGUUAUUUAUUCCAUGUAUAUCAUAUCAUUAAACUUCCAUCAAUAUUUGUAAACCUCAUUAAUCAUCCAAGAGUUAGAUGGUCUGGUGUAUGUAUUAAAAAUGAUUUUUUAAAGCUUGGAAGAGAUUUCAACAUUGAUGUUAGUGGUGCUGUAAAUCGUAUUAUUGAUUUAGGUACUUAUACCAACCAAGUUUUGUAUUUUGAUUCAUCUAUUAAAUGGAGUAUGGCCAAUUUGGUUAAACGAUUACUUAAAAAAGAUGUGAAUAAAGACGUAAAUAUUCGUAUGAGCAAUUGGGACAACAUAAAUUUAGAUCAAAAUCAAUGUAUGUAUGCAGCAACUGAUGCCUUUAUUUCUUUAAUAUUGUAUGAACAUCUAAGAAGAUUUGAUAAAGAAGAUGAACUCCAGAUUAAUUAAACUAUUAAAAUUAGGGAAAAUGAGUUAUGAUUCGUGUCUUAAAUUACAAAACCAUUUAUCAGAAUCUUUAAAAACAACAACCA